AGAGGGCAGACAGUGAGAGAGAGAGAAGUGAAAACAAACAGCAUCCGCCUGCUGCCUUUACUCAUCUUCCAUGCCGGCCGGGAGGCCGCAAGAUUCGCUCCUGUCUUCCCCUUCCCCCCGUAACUCUCCCUCCCCGCAUCGAUGGAAUGGUGGGCGCUCCUCCUCUCUUCCUCUCUCACCACCCUCUUGAUCUCACUCCUCCCCUGCUUCUGCUACAUCUUUUGGAUUAAGCCCGAGAGAGUAAGGGAGAGGCUGAGGAGGCAAGGGAUAAGGGGCCCCGUCCCUUCUUUUGUCUACGGAAACAUACCGGAGAUGAAGAGGAUCCAACAAGAGGUGAAUCACUCUCCAGAAGAAGCCGAGUCACGCUUGGCCACCGACUAUGUUCCCACUCUGUUCCCUUACUUCAUUCACUGGAGAAAAACUUAUGGACCUGUGUAUAUGUAUUCAACUGGUGGCCUACAAAUACUUAAUGUAACCCGCCCGGACUUGGUGAAGGAGAUUGCGAACUGCAAGUCUUUAGAUCUUGGUAAGCCUUCUUACUUACAGAAGGAACGCAAAGCUCUUCUCGGCCGAGGGAUUUUGGCGUCGAACGGCGACUUAUGGGCUCACCAAAGGAAAGUUAUAGCUCCGGAGUUCUUCAUGGAGAAAGUGAAGGGAAUGGUGGACUUAAUCGUGGAGGCCGCUAAGCCUUUGCUAGAUUCCUGGGAAAGCAUGCUCGAGGGUGAGGUAGGGAGUAGAGAAAUAGUAGUUGAUGAGUAUCUGAGAAACUUUUCAGCUGAUGUGAUUUCAAGGGCUUGUUUUGGGAGUAGUUUUGCUACAGGUAAAGAAAUAUUCUCGAAAAUUCGGCGACUUCAGAUGGCAAUGGCAAAGCCGAGUUUACUUAUCGGUGUUCCUGGUGCCCGAUAUCAACCAACAAGCAGGAACAGAGAGAUAUGGAGGUUAGAUAGAGAAAUCCGUUUACUCAUUCUGAACGUCGCGAAUGAGCACAUGAGAGAAGGCUCAUCAUCCUCAUCCAGUAAAAAUGAUCUUUUACAAGCCAUAGUCGAGGGUGCUAGCGGCAGGGGUGAUGAGUUUAUAGUCGACAAUUGCAAGAAUAUCUACUUUGCGGGGCAUGAAACCACGGCGGUCACCGCCACAUGGUGUUUGAUGCUUCUUGCUGCGCACCCAGAAUGGCAGGAACGCGCUCGAGCUGAGGUUUUAGAGGCGUGCCAGGGGAAAUCACUUGAUUUCGAAAUGCUCAGGAGGUUGAGGACGCUGACUAUGGUGAUCCAAGAGACCCUUCGCCUCUAUCCUCCCGCUUCUUUCGUGACGCGCGAAACUCUAAGAGACAUGAAGCUUGGAGCCAUCCACAUUCCGAAAGGCGUCAAUGUGAAGAUCCUGAUCGCAAUUGCGCACCGUGACGGAGAGUUAUGGGGUCCGAACGCCGACGAGUUCAACCCCGAGAGGUUCGCAAACGGCAUUGCAGGGGCUUGUAAGCCUCCUCACAUGUACAUGCCCUUCGGUCUCGGGAUUCGGACUUGCGCGGGUCAGAACUUGGCCAUGGUAGAGUUGAAAAUUGUCCUCUCACUUCUUUUAUCCAAAUUUGUUUUUGCGCUCUCGCCGAGCUAUGUCCAUUCACCUGCAUUUAGAUUAACAGUUGAGCCAGGGUUUGGUGUACCACUUAUAGUGAAGAGGCUGUGAAUUGUUACAAUAUAUAUACAUGGAGUUU